AAAUGGCAGGCGGAAGGAAGUUUGCCAUUUGGACGAACGCGGGGUCCUCAGUUAAGGACGCCGGCGCAAUUUCCGGCCCGGUGGCAAGAUGGCUGCCCCCAAUGGUGAAUUCCAGCCUCGUGAGUGGCGCUCUGGGGAGCGGGAAGAGGACUGGGAUGCUGCGGCGCCCAAGCGGCCUCGACUCGGGGCAGGAAGCAAGAGCGGAGGCCGCAGGCUCAUUGUGGUGCUGGAAGGGGCCAGUCUGGAGACAGUCAAGGUAGGGAAGACAUACGAGCUACUCAACUGUGACAAGCACAAGUCCAUGUUGUUGAAGAAUGGACGAGAUCCCGGGGAAGUAAGACCAGACAUAGCCCACCAGAGCUUGCUGAUGCUGAUGGACAGUCCCCUGAACCGAGCGGGCCUGCUGCAAGUUUAUAUCCACACGCAGAAGAACGUGCUGAUCGAAGUGAACCCGCAGACGCGAAUUCCCAGAACCUUCGACCGCUUCUGUGGACUCAUGGUUCAGCUUUUACACAAACUCAGUGUUCGAGCAGCUGAUGGCCCCCAGAAACUCUUGAAGGUGAUUAAGAAUCCGGUGUCAGAUCACUUCCCAGUUGGAUGCAUGAAGAUUGGUACUUCUUUCUCCGUCCCAGUCGUCAGCGACGUAAGGGAGCUGGUGCCCAGCAGCGACCCUAUUGUUUUUGUGGUUGGGGCCUUUGCCCAUGGCAAGGUCAGCGUGGAGUACACAGAGAAGAUGGUGUCCCUCAGCAACUACCCCCUUUCUGCGGCUCUCACCUGUGCAAAACUCACCACGGCCUUUGAAGAAGUCUGGGGCAUUAUCUGACAUAGGAGAGUGGUUCUGAACCAAGGCUGCUGACACUGCAUCUCUUGGCCCUGCCCUGGACUGACUGCUGGGAGCUGACCUUCCUGCACCAAGGUCAUGGAGUUUGGGGAAGCCGUGGCUGUACAUUUGCUCUUUGUUUAGCCCAUAAAUACUGUUCUUGUAAA